AUGUCGAGCGAAGCCGCGUUUACACACAUGGACAGCCUCGUGAUUGUGUCCAAAAACAAGCUGCUGCGCGUAAAUAGCAAGACGUACUGUACUACGGACUCCUUUGACGGCAUGGGGAUGGACCUGUGGAGGAACAUCGACCCCGACAGCGGCGAGACGGUAUUCGCUGACGACCUCAAGCCGAUGCUCAAGUGCGGGGACGGCGGCGUGCUUCUGCCCAGCAACGCGGUCGCCUCCACGCUCCUGAAGCUACCCGUACACACAAAUCCGCUCGAUGAUCAUCUGCAGGUACAGGAACGUCACCGGCACCAUGAGCCGCACUAA